AUGAAAGCUCUCGCCUUCGAGCAAAUGGACGCUCGACACGCCACCAUCAAACGCGCACAGCGUUUGACUUGUCAAUGGCUUUUGCAACACCCGACUUACCUUGCAUGGGACAGUGUCGAUGAGAUCCCGCAGAAGCGGAGCAUCUUCUGGAUCAAUGGGAAACCUGGCGCUGGAAAGUCGACUCUGCUGAAAUUUGUCUAUGCCCAUUUGAAGAGGAGAAAGAAAAGCCGCAACGAAAUUCUGAUCUCUUUCUUCUUCAACGCUAGAGGUGAUGAGCUGGAGAAGGAUACUAUCGGCAUGUACAGAUCCUUGCUACUACAGCUGCUCAAGGAGGCCCCAGAUCUACAACAAGUACUCGAUGAAGUCGAUGGCGCAGAAACAGUGGCAAACUACCCACCCUCCUGGACACUGGAGAUCCUACAAGAGCUCUUCGCCAGUGCUGUGGCUGGUCUCGGGAAUCGGCGGGUCGUCUGCGUGAUUGAUGCUCUUGAUGAGUGCAACGAGAAACAGGUCCGCGACAUGGUCGCUCAAUUUGAGGAUCUUGCAGAAAGUGCGAUAGACAGUGGGACCAGACUGCGUAUUUGCUUCGCGAGUCGGCACUAUCCAGAGAUCCGCGCGCAGAAGGCAUUGAACAUGGUACUUGAAACGGAAGACGGUCACUCUCACGAUCUAGAGAUGUUCAUUCGAAAGCAACUUGAUGCAGGCAAUGGAGAACACGAUGAGCAGAUCCGUACAAAAAUACGUCAGAAGUCCAAUGGCGUGUUUAUGUGGGCUGUGCUCGUUGUCGACAUUCUCAAUGUGGAGUAUCGAAAGGGCUGCAUGUGGGCGAUAGAGCAAAAGCUGGAGGAAAUUCCCGAUGGCUUGACUGAACUGUUGAGAGAUAUACUUCGGCGUGACAACGUCGACAUGGAUGCCCUACUGCUCUGUCUCCAGUGGAUCAUUUUCGCGAAACGACCCCUCAAGCUGGAGGAGUUCUAUUGCGCCAUGGAAGCAGGUCUUACUGACAAGCCGACACAAGCUCGACAUCCCGAGAGGGACAAGACUCAGGGCAUGGCUCGUUUUGUUACUUCAUCGUCGAAAGGCUUGGCUGAACUUACGAAGUCAGACAAGCCAACAGUGCAGUUCAUCCACGAAUCUGUCCGUGACUUCCUUCUCAAAGAUGGCGGCCUUUGCGAGCUCUGGCCUCAGCUGAAUGGCAGAGUCGCAGACAUAAGUCACGACCGGCUCAAACAAUGCUGUCACAAGUACAUGACCGUCGGCAUAAGUGCGUUUGCUCCGCUUGGCCAGCCUUUGCCGAAAGCCACGUCAUCGGAGAGCGCACAACUCAGAGCAGGUGUCAACGAGGGAUUUCCAUUCCUUGAUUACGCUUCCCAAAGUGUCCUCUAUCAUGCCAAUGAAGCUGCUCUGAUGGUUUCGCAGGAGAUGUACCUACAUCAAUUCCCCUUCACUUGGUGGAUUCAUGUUACUAAUGUCCUCCAGCCUGUCCACAAACAUCGGCACGGACCAAAUGCCACACUUCAAUAUACUCUUGCCGAAACUGGGUUUGCUUCACUUUUGGAUAUCAUCCCGCAUCACGGAAUCUGGGACCGCAUCAAAGGCGAAAGAUAUGGGUACCCUUUCAUCGCAGCAUUUGCAAAUGGCCAGCGACUAGCUUUGGGAUCAUUGAUGGAUCCCAAUAGCUCCGUCUCGAUCGAAGACCUUACGAAAGACAAAGGCUUUGGCAAGGCUUCUCAGCUCAACGUGGGAGAUGACUUAUGGAUCUGGGCAUGGAAAACCGGGAAUUGGAACGUUGCAAAGUACCUUUUGACCUCAUGCAGUCAAGCUUUGGGUUGGGGUGCAUCAAAAAUCCAUGAUACAGUCAGUGAUGGUCGAGAUGCCCUGUCCUUUGCUGCUGAAAAUGGCAACGGGCCAGUCGUAGAGUGGCUUGUAGGGGCAGGUGCCCAUGUGAAUGGCUUUAAGGGUUGCAAAGACCUGCCUCUGUCCUGGGCGUCUGGAGGAAAUGAUCCAGCAGCGAUAGAGGUUCUCCUCGACGCAAGAGCGGAUGUGAACGCGCAGGGAGGCAAUUAUGGCAGUGCUCUACAAGCGGCGUGUUUUCAAGGAGACGAGACGAUAGUACAAAUGCUCUUAGAUGCAGGAGCAGAGGUGAACGCACAGGGAGGUGAAUACGGCAAUGCUCUACAAGCGGCGUGUUAUAUGGCAUUCGACACGAUAGUCCUGACGCUCUUAGGCGCAGGAGCGAACGUCAAUUUGCAAGGUGGAAUUUUUGGAAGUGCUUUGCACGCGGCAUCUAGACUCGGCCAUGAGUCAAUCGUUCAGAUGCUAAUAAAUUCUGGAGCCGACGUGAACGCACCAGGGGUAGGCCGGGGCAGUGCAUUGGAUCAGGCUCAGUUGAGUAAAAAUGCACGCAUCGUGAGAAUGCUCAGACGCGCAGGAGCGACUGAGUAG